AUGGUAAACCUCAAUAGUGUACCCCCCAAGAACGGCCAGUGCUACCUCGCUCUUGGGCUGGAAGGCUCGGCCAAUAAACUUGGCGUGGGCAUCAUCAAACACCCGUUCCUUUCCAAGCAUGAAAACAGCGACCUUUCGCACUACUGCGAAAUGGAGAUUCUUUCCAACAUCAGAGACACAUACGUCACGCCCCCGGGCGAGGGUUUUCUUCCCCGGGACACCGCGAGGCAUCACCGCAACUGGGUCGUUCGGCUGGUUCGCCGUGCGCUUCAGGAGGCCAAUGUGUCGGACCCCAGCCAGCUCGACACCAUCUGCUUCACCAAGGGCCCUGGUAUGGGCGCACCCCUGCAUUCCGUUGUGAUACUCGCAAGGACGCUCUCCAUUAUGUGGGACGUGCCCCUAGUGGGAGUUAAUCACUGCGUAGGCCACAUCGAGAUGGGCCGGGAAAUCACAAAGGCCGAGAACCCCGUAGUUCUUUACGUUAGCGGUGGCAACACUCAGGUUAUCGCGUACUCUGAAAACUGCUACCGCAUCUUUGGCGAAACCCUCGACAUCGCCAUAGGAAACUGUUUGGACAGGUUCGCGCGAACCUUGAAGAUCCCAAAUGAACCUUCUCCGGGCUUCAACAUUGAACAGCUAGCCAAGAAAUCCCUAAACAAGCAGGACCUAGUCGAGCUGCCGUAUACUGUGAAGGGCAUGGACUUGUCGAUGAGCGGUAUCCUCGGUUACGUGGACUCCCUAGCCAAGGACCUCUUCAAUAAAAACACCAAAAACAAGAUCCUGUUCGACCCCAAGACUGGAGAGCAGCUUGUUACCGUCGAGGACAUUUGCUACUCCCUUCAAGAGAACCUGUUCGCAAUGCUUGUGGAGAUUACAGAACGCGCCAUGGCGCACGUCAACUCUAAUCAAGUCCUCAUUGUCGGAGGCGUUGGCUGUAACGUUAGGCUGCAAGAAAUGAUGGCCACGAUGUGCCGGGAUAGAUCUAAUGGUCAAGUCCACGCUACGGACGAGCGGUUUUGCAUUGACAAUGGUGUUAUGAUUGCCCAGGCUGGCUUGCUACAGUUCAGGAUGGGCAACGUUGUGAAGGAUCUGUCUGAAACAGUUGUGACUCAAAAGUUUAGGACAGACGAAGUCUACGUAGCAUGGAGGGAAUAG